GCUGCAGCGGCGGCGGCGGUGGCGGCGGCGGCAGCGAGCCCUCCGGAGUGCCUCUUGGGGGAGCCCGGGUCGUGCAGCUGGCCGAGGGGGGACAGCAUGGACGGGCCGGCGGAGCAGCGCCUGACGCCCAGCAGCGACCUGCCGCCGGUCUACUCGUGCCCCGUCAGCAGGGACAGGCAGGGAAGCGAGAACGCCAACAACACGGCCGGGCCCGAAGGGGCGGGCGGCGCCUUGCCCGUGGUGCACAGAACCACCUCCUUCUCGGUGCUGGACAUCCUGGACCCCAACAAAUUCAACAGCAAGAGCCGCAGGCACUGCGCCGUGCUCUACAAAGCCGCGGCCGGCGGAGAGUACACGCUGGUGGGCGAGGAGAAGCUGGACGAGGCGGGCGUGGAUGCCAAGGCUCUGGCUGACGACUUCCAGGCAGCCAGGAGAAAGUCCGCGGCCGACCUGCGCAAGCCCGGCGAGCUGUACCGGAGCGAGGAGGCCGAGCUGGAUCCGAGCAAGCGGAGGAGCCCCUGCGCGGGCAGCGAAGCCCCCGACGAGGAGGAGGACGAGGAGGAAGAGGACGAGGAGGAAGAGGAGCUGUGCAGCGAGGAGAGCAGCAGCCACAGCGAGGGGGGCGCCCUCGAGGCGGGAGGCGGCGGCAGCCUAGCCGCGGACGACCUCGGGGCUCACCCGCCGCCCCCGCCGCCUCAGCAGCCCGGAGGCGCCUCCGGAGGGCAGCCGCCGCAGCCUCAGGCCCAGGCGCAGGGCCAGCAAGCAGCGUCGGCGGCGUCCGCGCCGUCGGGCAAAGCCAAGCGCAAGCGCCCGGGCUCGGAUUCCAAGUCGGGCAAGCCCCGCCGGGCGCGGACAGCCUUCACGUACGAGCAGUUGGUGGCUUUGGAAAACAAGUUCAAGGCCACACGGUACCUGUCGGUGUGCGAGCGACUCAACUUGGCGCUGUCCCUCAGCCUCACCGAGACGCAGGUCAAGAUCUGGUUCCAGAACCGGCGCACCAAGUGGAAGAAGCAGAACCCCGGCGCAGACACCAGCGCCCCGACGGGCGGCGGCGGCGGCGUGGGGGGCGGCGGUGGGGGGCUGCCCGGCGCGCUCAGCCCCCUCAGCCAUUCGCCCCCCAUGGGCGGCCACGGCCUGGCCAUGCACGGCCCGCCGGGCGCCUACGGCAGCCACCCGGCCAGCGGGCUGGUGUGCGCAGCCCAACUGCCUUUCCUGCCCAGCCCCGCCGUCCUCUCGCCCUUCGUGCUGGGCUCGCAAACCUACGGCGCGCCCGCCUUCUACACGCCGCACCUCUGAGGGACCGACGGGGCCCCCGCCGCUGCCACCAGCCCUUGCGGAGCAGGAGACUUGCGCGGGGCCGGCCUCCUACGGUCCCCGCGUCCACCCGACGGAGCGAAGAGGAUAGGUACCCUGGCGCCUGGUCCACGGACGAUUCUCGCCUGCGGGCACCCGUCACGUUGCUCUGAGCUGCGGGACAAACUGAACAGAGGCCGAAGGAGGCCGCCUCUCCAUGUAAAUAAUGCGCGCUGCCCCUUCUUUGCCCGGGUCCCCUUUAUCCACCGCCCCCUGUCCAAGAUGCCUCUGCCCCGCAGACUCUCAUGGGGAAACGGGGCGCGGCGUCCCUUCCAGGCGCCGUCGAAGAAAUGAGGCGCUCUCCGCCCACGGGACCCCGCGCUUUUACGCACUUCAGCGUCGCUGUUUUUAAAAAAGGACGAGGAACUGGGAGGAGGGAGUUUAAAAAUGGAAAACCGAGGGGGCUGUCUUACCGGAAAUGCGUUUAAAAAAAAAACGAGGGAGAAAGAGACAAGCUUUUUUGUAACAUCAGUCAACUAUGUAUAUUUCUGGAUGUUAUAAAAAUUUUAACUUUAUAAUUUGUGUAUAAAGUGCGCAGGAAACAUUGAUCCAAAAGGUAUAGAAAGCACUUUGCUGGAAAUCUAAAUCAAUAAAGAAUUGAUUUAGUCGAAUAUGUUCUGCCUGAGCGACUGUUUUUAACCUUUUUUUAAAAAAAAGAAAGAAAAAGAGAAAAAACACUGCAGUCAUCGCCAGAGUUAGUUGGCGUUGACAGAAGAAGCAAAUAAUCUAGGUCACUCACGAUCCAGCCAAAGUUAAGCAGUUCUUAGUCCCCCGCCCCUUGUGAUUUCCGGAAGAUUUCAAGGCGCGCGCUCCGCUAUCCCGUUGCAACCGUGCAGGCCGCUUAACCGUACAUGGAUCCGGCUGCCUUUAAUGUUUCUAGUUUUCAAAUAAGCCCAAAGCCACCGAGAAGGCUGCCGCGUCUUCCCCCAACACCUCCAGCGUUUCUGGUUUGGAGAGAAACAUAUUCCGCAUGUAGACUUUUUUCUGUGUGGACGUUAUUUCCCCUCGUUUAUUCCCCGGCCCCUCUCCAAUAAUUCGUGUGUGCGUGUAAAGGUUCUUCUCUUGGUAGUUUCCAAAGACAGCGAAUAUAAUGUGUUGGGAUUAAAUAAGUGUA